CCGCGCUCCUUCUCCGGAAGGAGGAGCUGAAAACCCGGAAAAAGGAUCGGGAAACUCCAGCGAGUACUCUGCGCUUGCGCAUGGGGGGGGCCGGAAAUUGAAACCGGAGCGACUACGCUUCCGUUUCUGGUAUUUCUCCAGUGUUUGGGUUUCCUCGCCGCCGGCCAAGAUGAACCGAUUCUUCGGAAAAGCGAAACCCAAGGCUCCGCCACCUAGCCUGACUGACUGCAUUGGAACGGUGGAUAGCAGGGCAGAAUCCAUUGACAAAAAGAUUUCCCGGUUGGAUGCUGAACUGGUGAAAUAUAAGGACCAAAUCAAGAAGAUGAGAGAGGGUCCUGCUAAGAACAUGGUCAAACAGAAAGCCCUGAGGGUUUUAAAGCAAAAACGGAUGUAUGAGCAGCAGCGAGACAACCUUGCCCAACAGUCCUUUAACAUGGAGCAAGCUAAUUACACCAUCCAGUCACUGAAGGAUACCAAAACCACGGUUGAUGCAAUGAAAUUGGGAGUAAAGGAAAUGAAGAAGGCUUACAAGGAAGUAAAAAUUGACCAGAUUGAGGAUUUACAAGACCAGCUGGAAGACAUGAUGGAAGAUGCAAACGAGAUCCAGGAGGCCCUGGGCCGCAGCUACGGCACCCCAGAACUGGACGAGGACGACCUGGAAGCAGAGUUGGAUGCGCUGGGUGAUGAACUUCUGGCUGAUGAAGACAGCUCUUACUUGGACGAAGCAGCUUCUGCACCGGCAAUUCCAGAGGGCGUUCCCACUGACACAAAAAACAAGGAUGGAGUGCUGGUGGAUGAAUUUGGACUGCCACAGAUUCCAGCUUCGUAGACUUGCAGCAUUCCAGCGUGUGAUGUAAAAAAAAAAAAAAAAAAAAAAAGUAUUCUGGGACUAGGAAAUAUCUCCCAAUUUGCCAAACAGAUUUUGGUUUCUUUCCUUUCUUUGGAGGAAAAGCUAAUUACACUGCUCCUGUAUUUUUAUUUUUUCCAUUAAGGAAUUAAUUGCUUGGGGGAAGCUGUCUUUACUAAAAUUUGAUUCUUUUUUUUCCUUAGGAAAGACUAACUGAAAAGUACCUUUGACUUUGUAUGACUUGUUUUCAUUCAUUAACAAUAAUCUGAAAUUAAACCAAGGAGAUAAGACUCUAAAUUCUAUAUGGUAGUAUGAUGAGUAUUAAUAAGAUAAAGAUUAUUGACGGGGUUGAUAGUAUUUUCAGAACCAUUGUCUAUUGUGGUACUGUAGAUGGCUUUAAGUGAUGGCCUCCUUUGAUAGGUUUCGUUGUGUCAUGUGAGCAAGUCAUUACUCUGUCUCCUGUUGGAAUGAACUGUCACUACUGCAUCAUGAGUUACUACUUUGAUCCCAUGGUUCCCUCGGUAAAUAGCCUGACUUGUAAUGAAUAAUGAAUAUUUCUUGAUAUUUAAUGUAUAGGACAUUUAUUUAUACUCAAUAAAUAUUUUUCAAAAGGA